AUGCUUGCUCAGGUGCAGGCAAAGAGAAACCAGCCAGGUGGAGGCUCGGAGAGCGAGUGGAACACACGCCACGCAGCCGUGGGGUCAUCAGGUGGACGCAACGCACGUGGGCUCCUGUUCACCUGCCUGGGCCUACGUGGGGAGGCGGAGCGGAGCACCACAGGCCCCUGCCUGGAGCUUCCUUUCCCAACUUCCUGGCUGCACUACGCGUCUCCCCAGCCCCUGGUUCCAGGUAUGAGCUCCUCUGAGGAUGAGAGCCCCUCCCUCGUGACCAAGAGGACCCCCUUGAGAAAAUUUCUAAAACACAGCACCCCUGAGGACGUGGUGCCUGGCUGGAGCCCACGGCCAUCAGGAGAUGCCACCUACUUGGGUGGGUCUCCGGUGUCUGCACGCUUCUCUCAGGACCUGGUGUCCAACUUGGUAGGAGUCAGUCCUUUGGUCACUUUCAGAAAAAGGAGGUUGUCAACCAUCCGGGCCUUCAAGGGGUCCAGUGAACAGUCAGGGCCAGACUCAGACCCCUCAGAUCCUGUGGAAAAGACAUCAGUGUCCAACUCCUUACCCCAGCAGCAGAGAGGAAAGUCUCUCCAAGCAAAGAGCUGGCGACAAAACCCAGGGUUACCUGGGAUUCCAAACACAGCCAGGAAGAAGAAACGAGACCCAAAGAAGCUGGCAGCUGCGAUGAAGCGAGUGAGACAGUGGGAGUUCCGCCUGCUUCAGGACAUCGAGGAAGCCAUUCAGCAUGAGCUCACCAUCCAGGAAGACUGCGUGCUUGGCAGCGGGACAGUCUUGGAAGAGAGCUUGGGACCUCCUGCCUUCACCUGA